CUUUAAAUAUUCCAAGGAUGAAGUAAUUACCAUUUCAUCAUUGGGAGGCUUGCAAGCACCGCACCCAAAGUCUUAGGAUCAAUGAAAAUGGUUUUCCAAAUCUGAUGCUCUGGAUGCGAUUGCUGAUAGAAAGCUCAGACUAUAUGUGGAAACGUCCAUCAAAGCUGCAUAUUGGCGGGUUGCAAAUACCAUAGAUCUUGAAUCUAAAAUGGAAAGGACACAUCCUUUGGCUCUACUUGCAAAUGAACUAAGAUUGAUUGCUGAGAGGGAGUUCAAUGUAUUUUCCUCAGUGCUACACCAGUGGUAUCCUGAUGCUGGGAUGGUCUCAGCCAUUCUACUGCAUCAAUUUUAUGGUGAAAGACUGAAUCCGUUCCUCAAGGGAGUAUCAUGUCUUACUGAAGAGGUUAGGUUAGUGCUUCCUGCAGCUGAUAUGCUUGAUCAUGACCUGACUCGGCUCUAUUCCUCUGCAUGUGAAGAAAUUGCUUUGCAUUCUCCUUGCAGCUUACAAUUUCAUCAUUAUCAGCCUUAAUCAUAUGGAUCAACAAGGGCCCCAUCCUCAAUAUGAUAUGAUUGAAGGGGUCAAAAUGUACGGAUUCAUAGAUGAGGGGGGUAACGUGAUAUUCUCUAAUAGUUGAGAGGGUGUUGGUGUAAUUAACCCUUUGAAAAUAAG